CCUGUUAAUCAUAAUUUAUACUAAAUUACAAAUGGUCCUAGAUGACAGAAAAAUGGACUUGUUAGAAUUUAGGCCUGGGGAUGUAGGGUGCAAAGUGCUAAAUUUAUUGCAAAGAUCCCCAUUGAAGCAGCUACAGCAUUUCCAUGUCACUCCAUCUAGUCAGACCUUUAGCCAUGCACUGAAUAAGUUGACAUUGGCUGUGUCUCAGAUUUUAUUCUUAUUUAUAUUUUUAUUAUUUAUUAAUUUAAGUAACACCUUGGAAUGCAACGUUCCAUCAAGUUCUCCACUCACUCUCACAUUUAAUGAUUUGCUUCAAAGAGACGUGAUCUUCAGCAAAUGUCUCACAGCUCCUGUUGAAGGCAGAAAAUUUUUACAUCUCUCUGUGGAGUAUCUCUCUUUACCAUCUGGUGCACAACUCAUGAUAUACACUGAUGGCGAAUCUCUGCUGCUUGACCAUUCUUGCCUCAUGGAGUGCAGUAACCAACCAUCAACAAAUGCUGCUGCUGCCUCAUACGAUCUGCUGGCUGAUGUGCGCAACCUCCAACUCAGUCUUGAGAAAGAAAUUAUUGACUCUGAAAUAUUUCUUGCCAGCAAUGAAAAGAUUGAAGAAAGGUCUAAGAGAAGUGACUUGAAGUUUGAGGUGAAUGUGGAUCGAAAAAAUAUUGAAAAAAUGGCACGCCUGAAAGAAUUUGCUAGUGGCAAACACUCUACCAAAGCCUUGGAUAUUAUCAAGAAACCUGGAGACUGCACAGUCUGCCCAUCUUUCAAAGAUCACAAAUUAAUCGAACUUCAUUUGAGGCUACCUCGCAACUUAGACUGUCUAAAUAACACUGAUGUUUGUCUAGGUAGACCUGAGCUAAUUAUGAAGAUUGAGCUCAUAGAGAAGCCACUCGAGUGCAGUGACAGUGUAAUGGCCGUGUGGCCACUGAGCAAUUUAGACGCUGCUUGCAGGUACUCCAGUGAAUCUCUUCCCGCACCAUCUUGUUUGGUGACGUCAUGUCACCCAUCAGAAAUUUUGGUGCCCAAGUCUGAUGGUAUUAAAGAACAUCUUAGGCAUGAAGCUAGCUCUAAAAAGAUUUCAGUCAAAAAUAAGCGCAGGGCUAAGAAUCUAAAACGAAUGCUGGAAACUUCUAGUGCUUUUGUUGAAAAGUUUGAAAUUGUACUCAUCCCUAGUGAAAGUCACAAAGUUUGUUUUUGGAAACUGGAUACAACUUUCCGCAAAAACUUGGAACUAAUCAUCCCCUUGAUUAUACUUCCACACAUAAACGUGUUUGAUGGAUCGUUGUUGGCACCGCGAUGGAACGUGGAGUUUUGUCCUGUGUCCAACAGCUCAUCCUACUGGCUACAGGCGUCAGGAGAUGAAGUUUACAUUGUCUAUAGUAACCCGUAUCCUCUUGAGGAGGAGACUACAAUUGUGGUGCAUCUGCACACUGGUCCGUGUGAGCCUCCAAAUUUGGUCGCCCAUGCUCAGAUGUCAUGGACAAGCAGUUCCAGCGGAGGCCGGGCUGUGUACGUCUGCGACGAGCUUUUCAGCAUGCACGGUGCUGCUGAGGUCAUGUGUGAUGAUCGUGGUUCCUGGGGUCCUUUACCUUCUUGUCAUAGUCAAUACAAGAACAAGAGCACAUCAGUGUCUGACGAGCCUGACUCGACCGCCGCUAGUCCGACUCACGAUGGCGCGAUGUGGCUGCUUGCUAAUGGCUCACUGCAUUCAGAAAGGAACAACAAAUCGGCUGGAUAUAGUGCUGGUGAAAGCUCAGACUUCGUCUACUCUCCCGCGGACGGAGCUUUAGACGGCAACGAACCAUUCAUGUUGGAACCGUCAAGAAGUGCGCCGCAUGACGGUACUCAAUCUGGUGACUAUGACGAGGAAGAAGAAGAAGAAGAAGAAGAUGGUAAAGUAGACGGAGGUGACAACUACGACUACAAUGAAACCGAGUACGAUUAUUUGCCUGAAUACAAUACCACCACUAAGAAUCUUACGAGUUUAAUCAACGGAAGCGUGGUUACAUUGAUACCCAACCGCAGCUCAGACGCGUGGGGCAAUUCCAGUUUCACAGACGAUAUCACCGACGUACGAUCUCUACUCAAAGCUCUGUCUAUAGAUGAGAACAAGUUAAUUUACUUCCUGGCUGGAUGUUGUGGCUUGCUUUUGCUGAUCGUUCUGCUCUCUGUUGUCACGUGCUUUCUGAUGCGUCGGCGUAGGCAUCCUGCCCGAGUUGUAAGAAAGUUCGACACUUUCCAGAACCCUAUUUACGAAAAGACUGUUGUGAACGUGCCAUUGGAAGGCGACUUUACUGAAGAUGAAGACGAAAAACGUCCUCCGUCUACCCCGCCACUCGCUCUCAAAGCUGAAAUGGAAGAUCUCAGCGACUCUACCGUGAUGGAGCAGUAAAAUAAUAUGCUACUUUUAAAGCCGGGGCGCCGACAGGAUAACAUUUGAAACUUCGGGGCUAAUGCUUGUGAAGAAUUGAUGAACUACCCCUUGAGCUCAUGAGCUUUCUUGUGGACAAAGUGUCCAUCCUCACCGAUAAUGCACAAAGUUCUGCCAAAGAUCAUAUUUUAUUAAUUUUUUCCCCAUUUUAAUGUGAUAUGUUAACUAUAUCGCAUGUGUCGGAGGAAUGAAGUUUCUCUUUUACUUAAAUUCUGGCAUUUUCUAUCUAAAUCUGCAUGCAGGAAAAAUUAAGUCGCAAAUUGUAUGCCUGCAGCUGUGUAUCCGGCGGUAAUGAUUCAAAUUGUGCCACUAAUUGUACCCCUAAUUGUGCUCCUUAUAUUCUAAGUCGUAUAUAAUGAGAAUACAUAAAUGCAACACUAUAUUCGUUCACAUUUUAAAAUAUUAACUUUGUCUCUUCAUACAUAGCAGUAGGUUUACUCACUUGAUCUGAGGACAUGUGCAUUGGUGACUGUGUGCUUUUAAGUCAUUACUAUAAUUUGACUGUUAUUAUUCUAAAGAUAAUGCUUCACAAUUUUUUUUCGUCCUGUAAGAACCUUUUUAGGGACAUUGAUAAGAUUGCAUGGUAUGUAUGGUACUACUUCUCUUGAUACUCUCAAUAAAACGAUGCCACCUGCUGUGUUGGAUGUUUCGAAAGAAGGCAUUGUAUGAGUAAUUUUUUCAUAGAAGCGGCCUGAUUAUUAAAAGUUGUAAACACGUAUGCAGCGUUUCGCGUUUUAGUAUGUAGAUAACGUGUAAUGGUAGAAAAGUGAAAGUGCAUUAGUCGUCCCGGUGUCUAACUUGAUAAUUGAGUUUUUUUAUUCAUGAAAAAGGUUUAAUCUUCAAUAGAUUUUCUACGAUCACUUAAAGUAUUACAGUAAAGAAAUACUUAGUAUUGUAUCUUUUAUGGGGAUAAUAAAGUAGCAGUAUUACAAAUGUAUAGCCUUCUGCGGCAGAAGUGUAGUCUACUAUAUAUUUUGCUUCGCAUUUUGUCAGAAACCAUAACUGUAACGAACCUGAGAAAUAAGUAAUGUUUCUUCUCUGAAAAAGUUUUGCUGUGUAGACAUGACGCGAAUGUGGCCUGUGUUAUGAAUGUGAAAUAUUUACUUGAAUUCCACCACACCUAAACCCGCCAACAGGCGUUAGCUGUUGAGCAGCUCAUGUGUUCAUCGCAAAUACUUUAUCUUUCAUCAAUGUUUUAACUAUAGAAUUGCCAUGGUUUUAGCUCUCAGAAAGAAAUAGCCGUGUCGUUCGGUUAGUUUCAUUGGAACUGAUGGUAGAUUGUAGCAAAUGCUGUAGAUAAUAUAGACACUAAUUGUGCAGCAGCGGCGAUAAGUUGUAUGCCAUGAAAGGCUGAGUUCCUCAUUUUUUAUAAGUGCUGCUUUUGUCAAAUUCGAAACACGCUCAAUUUUUAGUGCUGGUACAUAUUAAGAAGCUUCCAUAUAAGAAUUUUUUAUAGAUUGCGUCUCGCCAGACGAAAAAUAGUAAAAAUGUUUUCGAAAACUGCAAAUGAAUAUGGAAUAGAAAAUUAUCAAUGAACGAUCAUUCUCCUUCAACUUUUUCAAUAUUUAGAUAAAUGCGUUAGGGGCAGCUAAGCUGUCGAACUCCUACGUUGUACACAAUUAACUCUGCUAUUAUGUAAGGUUAAAGAUUUUCUUCAUCUAUACUGUGGUGAAUGUUGUGAAUUUCAGAUACUUGAAUGUUUCUAUGUAUAAUUCAUGUAGCUUAACGACGUAGCCUUGUGUCCCCCUCUGUCAUAUCGCCAGGUAUCCCGGAGUUCUGAUAGCUGUAGUAGGUAGGAAACUUCAUCAGCGACGAGCCUAAGUAACAAAUUUUCGAAUAGAAUGUUUCUUUAUAAAUCCAUCGAUACAGAUGUUACCAAAAAUGUAAUGACCACAUGAAGCUACCGUAGGUCGUGCGACCUGUUGAAUGCUUAGAAGUUCACAUUAUCAGGCAUACUUACUGUUGCAGAAUAACAGAUCUUAGAUGUGACAUCUAAACUACAAGCUCUUACCUCCGAUUCUCUUGUUGCUGUUCUGCUGUCUAUCAAAAUUAUUGUUUGAAUUCUGAAAUGAUAAUAUAAUAUUACUUCCUUUUUAACAAUAUUUUAAUUUAUUUCUCAUUUACAUGAAUUGCUCCUACAUAGAUCCUAUCAGUAGAUUGACCUCUGAAUAAGUUCAUGCCGUUAUCUUACACAAUCAAUUUAUUAGUUACGAGGUAAAAUGCGGUCUGUUUCUUAGCUCUUUGUUAACUCAUGUCGGAUUGCAUGAAUACCUACGUCACUUUGUACGAUUGUAAAGUCGUACCAUUAUGCAUUCUGACAAAGCUUAAGCCGUAAUUUGUAGCUAGCUUUAUUUUACGUAACCAAAUAAUCAUUAUUUUUAUUACUUUUAUAAUAUUUGCGAGUGUAUGGCAUGAAUGGAACUUUACUCAUCUUUAUCCAAGUGCGAUAUAUUUCUAUAUAGUUUAAUAAUCUAUUUCUGUAAGCGUACGUUAAGCAAGCGUUUCAAUUCUUAUUGUAUCGAUAUAAUUUUCAAAUUGAAGGAAGUAUGAACGGCAGUUUACCCGCCAUUCAGCUGCCAGCGCGUUUCUGCUAUGUUGGUAAUUUGGUGCGGUGCAUUUUAUGUUAUGCACAAUUCAAUAAUUGCUUUUCGUCUCACAACCUUUCGAAUAAUUAUAUUUAAAUAUUUUUGUGGAUAACGUUUUGAGUAAUUUGAUUUAAUAUCUUUGUUGUUCUCCAGUCUUAGGUAUUGGGAUGAAUGUACGCGGUACCGCUAUUAUUAUAUUUUUUACCGUGUUUCAAAAACUCACCUCGAUAAGCAAGUUGUUCACUUCUCGUGCAAUAUCUCAACUGUGCAUUCCGUCAUCGUGUCAUGGAUUAUCCCUACCAUCUCUUUAUUUCCGUGCACUGAUUUUCAUUGCUCAUAACUUACGUUU